CAUCACCGCACCCAAAUUUGAAAAAUCACAGAGUAGAAACAAAGGAAGGAAUUUACGAGUGUGGAUAAGGAAGAAACCACGCAGCACUCCAAUUGAAAUUCCCUCUAAAUUUUCCAACAAUUCUUUCUCUCAAUACAUAUUUAUAUUCCAUUCGCCUUUCAAUUUCAUUUCUGAAUUCCCUCUCCCUCUUGGCCUCCGAUCUGCGUCUGUUUUUCCCCGUUCAUUUUGCUGGGGUUUUUUUUUUCCCUUCUUUUUUCUUUCUUUUUUGCUUUUUCCAGUCCACUUUCGAGGGGUUUGAAGCUUCUUUUGAUUUCUGCUUGUUGUUUUGUUUGUGGGAUUUUUAAGGGUUCGGUGGGUUUUCGAUCUUGGGUUUUUUGAGACCGAUCUUGGACUUAUUACUGCUGGUUUUGCGGUGAAUGUGGGUGAGUCUUUUCUGAAGAUUUAAGAAGUGAAAUAGGAGCAAGUAGGAAGAAGAACAUGCCUCAAGAUCAUCCAAAGAAGGAGGCCAAAGAAAUAAACUUUUUUACUGAAUAUGGGGAUGCUAACAGAUAUAAGAUUCUUGAAGUUGUUGGAAGGGGAAGUUAUGGAGUUGUUUGUUCUGCUAUUGACAUGCAAACCGGGGAGAAAGUUGCAAUAAAGAGAAUUCAUGAUAUCUUUGAUCACGCAUCUGAUGCUAUUCGAAUCCUUCGUGAAGUUAAGUUGCUUAGAUUGUUGCGGCAUCCUGAUAUUGUUGACAUCAAACGUAUUAUGUUACCACCUUCUAAAAAAGAAUUUAGGGACAUUUAUGUGGUUUUUGAGCUUAUGGAAUCUGAUCUUCAUCAAGUUAUUAAAGCAAAUGAUGACUUGACGCGUGAACAUCAUCAAUUCUUCCUCUAUCAAAUGCUACGUGCGUUGAAAUUCAUGCAUACAGCGAAUGUGUAUCAUAGAGAUCUGAAGCCAAAGAAUAUAUUAGCAAAUGCCAAUUGCAAGCUUAAAAUUUGUGAUUUUGGACUUGCAAGAGUUGCUUUCAGUGAUACCCCAACUACUGUAUUUUGGACAGACUAUGUUGCUACUAGAUGGUACAGAGCUCCAGAGUUGUGUGGAUCGUUCUGUUCCAAGUAUACUUCCGCAAUAGAUAUUUGGAGUGUUGGCUGCAUAUUUGCUGAGGUUUUGAUGGGGAAGCCACUGUUUCCGGGUAAAAGUGUUGCCCAUCAAUUGGAAUUGAUUACUGAUCUUCUCGGGACUCCCUCACUGGAAACCAUUGCAGGAGUUCGGAAUGAAAAAGCCAGGAAAUAUUUGACAGAAAUGAGAAAGAAAUCUACAGUGCCAUUUUCACAAAGAUUUCCCAAUGCUGACCCUACAGCCAUCCGGUUAUUGCAAAGACUCUUAGCAUUUGAUCCAAAGGAUCGACCAUCAGCGGUGGAGGCUCUGGCUGAUCCUUACUUUAAGGGCCUAGCCAAAGUUGAAAGAGAGCCUUCUUGUCAGCCAAUCGCAAGAGUGGAAUUUGAGUUUGAGAGACGGAGAUUAACAAAGGAUGAUGUGAGGGAAUUAUUAUACAGAGAAAUAUUAGAAUAUCAUCCUCAAAUUCGUGAAGACUAUUUGAAUGGAACUGAGACUGCAAAGCUUCUCUAUCCUAGCGUCACAGGUCAUUUUAAAAGCCAAUUCACCUUCCACAAGGAGAAUAAUGGUAAAAGCGCACCUGUUUUGCCUCUAGAAAGGAAACAUGUCUCCCUGCCACGGUCCACUGUUUGCACAAAUUUGGUUUCACCUGAUCGUGAACCUGUUCGGCGAAAUCCCAAAGUCUGUAAUAAUAGCAUGGGAUUACCUGAUAGAAAAUUGGGGGCUCAUCCUCCACCUAAAGUGCCAACUGGACGAGUUGCUGGGCCUGUCCUCCCAUAUGAGCACAGAAACAUAAAAGAUGUUUAUUCGAACCUAACAUCCCAAAUUAGGAGCUUGGAUUUGUGAAUGAGGAAUUUUCUUAAUUCAAUCUCUGAUUUCCCGGCAUUAUAAUUUGGUGAGAGUUGCACACGGUUGUUUGCUCGCUCUGAAACUAACCAUUAUUACCCGGCACGAGCAGCAGUAGAUCCAUAGAAUGAUUCAUCCAUUAGGGAACUUAAGAGGCCGCAGCAGGCUAAUAUUAAGUUGGGAGUGGCAGCCAUAGCCAUUGCCAUUGCCAUUGCCAUUGCUGCUCAUUGAAGUAACUGAGAUAGGCAUAACCAACAGUAGGGUAUUUCUGAUUGAAAUGAAAUUGUUGUAGUUGUAGGGUUAUCUCCUCUUUCAAGGGUCUUUUUGUUAAAUGCAUUUGCUUCUUAUCAUGCCAUGUAAUUAUAUGAACUCCCAAUUGCUGUAUAUACAUUUGAAUGAAGAUUUGUAUAUUGUAAUGUGAGCCAACUAUAUGUGAAUCAUAACCAAUAAAAUGGUGACAAAUUGAGAUGGCUAUGUAAA